AUGAAUCUACAUAGAGCAUGUGAACCAGUUGAACUAAAUCAUUACGGAGAGGGUAAGAAGCAUGCUCAAUAUGUUGAAAUUGCAGAAUGCAAAAGUGUAGAGAUUCUUGAAAUAAAGGAGUUUCAACAACUUGACAAACAAAGACUAGAAAAUGACGUGUCAUUAAAAGUAAAUGAGCCUUGGUUACAAACACCAAAUAAAG